CCUUAACUUCCCCAUGAUUUACUCGGUAUUAUCGGUUAGAACUAUUGCCAUAUUAGUUAGAUCUUGGUGUGUUGGGUGACUAAGGGAUUUGUCAAUUUUUCUGACGACUUCAGCAAACGGCGCGUUUAUCAUAUGCCCCCAAUUCAUAAAAUAAUAAUGGAAAAUAAGAAAUAAGAAAUCUCAUCCAAGACUAGACUAUCAGAUUGGUAGUCUAACAAACUAUAAAAGAAAUAUACCUAAAAGAAACUACAUCGGAUAAUAGAUCGAUUCGAAGACGGAUACUACACGACAUUUUGACAUUUUAAUAUUUGAUAUUUCACCCGCGUCUUCACUUAUACCGUAUCCUCAUCCGUAAACACCAAUACAUCUCAUGCUACAUGCUUAAUCUGCCAAUAUGUCCUACCGCCAGUUACUUCGUCAACGGCCACUUCUCACUGCGAUAACGCACCUGUCUCGUCCCUCACAGAGACCACCCCGAGCGCGCUUCGCAAGCACGGGGACGCAGGCCAAGCCCUUCUCGAUCAGCACUACUGCUAUCGCCUUCGGGGCCGGACUAGUAUCAGCUACAGCCCUAUAUUGGUUUACCUCUCGUAGCAACCAGACCCCCACCCCGAGUCUUACCGAAGCAUCUAGGACUUUAAAUAACAAGGGAACCGGCAUUCCGGACCUAAACAGGCUUGGCCUGUCAGAUCAAAUCGCUUACAGUCCCGUUCCCACCGCGGAGGAUGUCACCCGCCAGCUAAAUGAGCAUGCCUUCUCCGUAUGGACGCGUGGAAAGCUAGUGAGGAGAUACGACGGUGCCCAGUUAGCUUCGAAUAGCCCCUGCGAAGAUGCCUUCGUGCACGGCAGCUUCUCGAACCCGCUCAACAAGUCCGACGAGGACUGGCUCGCGUGGGGCGUUUUCGACGGCCAUUGCGGCUGGCAGCUAUCAAAUCUCCUGAGCAAGCAACUCAUCCCCUACGUGCGGAAUUCCCUGCAAAACGCUAAGCCUAAGGACGGGGGCCAGCUCAGCGACGAGGACAUCCAAAACGCCAUCAUAUCGGCUUUCACAAGCCUCGACCACGCCUUGGUUAAAACCGCCAAGGAAACUAUCGAGAGCAAUCUGUCGUUUGCGGAGAAGGCGAGAAGGCUAGAGAUCGCGUACGCCGGCUCGUGCGCCCUCUUGGCGCUCCUCGACCCCCGGAGCAGGAAGCUCACCGUGGCGUCGACGGGAGACUGCCGAGCCGUCCUCGGCCAGAAGACCGCGGACGGGAAGUGGACCGCUACGGACCUCACGACGGACUGCACGGGCGCCACGCCGAGCGAGAUCGCGCGCAUCCAGGCGCAGUUCCCCGACGAGCCCGAAGUGGUGAAGGGCGGGCGCGUCUGGGGCAUGCAGCCGUCGCGGACGUUCGGCGACGGCAUGUGGAAGUGGCCGGCGGCGCUGAAGGACACCCUGCGCAACUACUACAACGGGCUCAGCCUGCCGUCCGCCGCGCGGUACGGCGCCUACAAGGAGGGCCCCUACCUGACCGCCGAGCCGCUAGUCUCCACGAGCAAGAUCCCGGAGUCGGGCGGGCCGUCGUUCCUGAUCCUGGCGACGGACGGCCUCUGGGACGCGAUGACGAGCGAGCAGGCCGUGGACCUGGUGGGGAGGUGGGUCGAGUGGCAAGCGCAAGCGCAGGGGCAAGGGAAGCCGGUGAGGCCAAAAUCGAGUAACUUCGGCGAGGUGAUAUUAGGGAGAAAGCAGCAGUGCAAGUUCGAGGAGGAGAAGCUCACGCUGGAGGAUCACAACGCGGCCGUGCACCUCAUACGCAACGGCCUGGGGGGCGGCGACGAGAGGAUGGUGCAGGGCGCGCUGACGUUUCGGUACCCGAAUUCGAGAGAUAUUAGGGACGAUAUUACCGUCCAGGUCGUGUUCUUUGCGCCUGCUGGCGGAAAGGGGAAGUGAAGCGAAGCGGAGUGAAGAAUGGGGAA